CUCCUCUGCCCCGGGAAGGUAAUAAGUAUUUAUAGCUUUAUCUGUUAUGUGUUAAGAUCUGACGUGAGAAUUUCCUUAUUAUUUUAGAAUGAGUCAAGAAUCGACCCACGGUCAAUACGUUCCGGAGCCGGAGCACGUGAGCGUGCACACGGUGAACACCGAGGGUUCGAGUUUCACGCCUCCGGGUAACAAAGGGCAACAACAGAAUCAACCUGCGCCAGCGGGACAGCCACCAGCUGUACCACCGCCAGUCGUACCACCUCCAGUGAUGCCACCGUUGGCGAUGCCGCCGGUGGCCUACGAGCAGAUGUUCCCGGCCAUGAUGGCCCAUUAUAUGCAGCACAUGGCGCAGUUUAUGCCCAUGUUCCAGCCACCGCCACCACCACAGCCGCAGCCGCGCAUCGUUACCUUCAAGAUGUUGAAGGAUAGUGGAGCGGAAGAGUUCCGAGGAGACAAUAUGGGGGAGCCCCAGAUUGCAUUGGAUUGGCUUGAGCAGAUGGACCGGGUACUCAAGAAUUUGAGAGUCCCAGAUGCUGAUCGCUUGGAGUUGGCGUCACAGAUGUUCCGGAAGGGAGCAUAUGAUUGGUGGAAGCGCAUUGACCAGGAUCCACACACACCCAAGCCAUGGACCUGGGAUCGCUUUGAUCGAGCCUUAACGAAGGAGUACGUCCCCACCCGGUACCGCGAGGAGAGGCGCGAUGAGUUCGUUGCGCUUAAGCAGGAGGGGAUGUCACUGCCUGAACUGAGACAGAAGUUCGAAUACCUGUCCCAGUAUGCGACGAGUCUGGCAACCAAGAAGGAGGAUAGAGCAAUAAAAGACCCGCGACCUGCGGCCAGCACCGGGCCGAGCGGGAAGAGUUUUGGAUUCGGGGGAAAGAGGUACGAGAAGGGUUCUUCGAGUGCGCCGCCGCCUAAGAGGAGUAAGUCGAGGCCGUCUCCGUCGGCUGCCGCUAGCAACUCGAUCAGAACGAGGAGCCACCCGCAGUGUGUUCAGUGUGGUAGGCAUCACCCGGGCGAGUGUUGGCUCGCCCAAGGCGUAUGUUUGGGUUGUGGUCAGCCAGGGCAUUUCAGGAGGCAUUGCCCGACAAACCCUAGCAGCGAGCCUGCUUUACCUAGAGCUCCGGAUCAGCCUGCCGCAUCACAUCCAGCAUGGAGUCAGCAGUCUAUGGCCGAAAAUAAUCAGCAGAGACCACGUCCGCAGCAGUCAGGCCGGGCACCAGCGCGUACCUACGCCAUGCAUGGGCGCACAGAUCCUAGUCCCGAUGUUAUCUUGGGUACGUUCAUACUAUUUGAUUCGGUUAUGCAUGCCUUGAUUGAUCCGGGUUCUACGCUCUCCUAUAUCUGUGUUGGCAUGCCUGCUAAUUCUGCGAUUGUGAGGAGUGACCUUGAGAUGCCUACCAUUGUAUCGAAUCCGCUAGGACAUAGCAUGCGUCUUCAUCACAUUUAUCAUAGAUGUCCGUUGUCCGUGCAAGGGAAGCAAUUCCCUGCAGAUUUGAUAGAGCUACCACACAAGGAGUUUGACAUUAUCCUUGGUAUGGAUUGGCUCACCGAGCAUAGAGCAGUGGCUGACUGCAGUUGUCGGACCGUACGACUGAGAGCCGAGGACGGUAGCGACGUAUCACUCUCCGGGGAAGUGUUCCCCAAGGCUCCUGAGUUCAUAUCAUCCUUAAGCGCGAGGCGCUUGAUUCGCAAGAAGUGCGAGAUGUUCCAGUGUCACGUUCAGGAUAUGCGAAAAGAAUCGCCACGUCAGCAGGACAUUCGUACGGUUUGCGACUUCCCCGAUGUCUUUCCCGAAGACCUACCUGGUUUACCUCUGCCGAGAGAGGUAGAGUUCUCGAUCAAUCUCAUUCCGGCCGGUCGCCGCCGUACAAUUGGAGCAGCCGCCGGCGUCGCCGCUCAUCGCCGCCGCCAGUCGCUGCCCAGCGUCGCCCUUCCCCAGCCUCGCCGCAGCCAAUCGUCGCUGCCCGGCGUAGCGCAAGCCAGAGUCGCCGCCGCCAGUCGCCUUCCCCAGCCGGUCGUCGCCGUCCAAUUGGAGCCGCCGUCGCCUUCCCCAGCCUCGCCGCCAUCAUCGCCGAUUGGUGCAGCGCCGCCGUGAGCCAGCCGCCGGUCAUCGCCGUCCAACUAGAGCAGCCAGCCGCCGGUGUCGCCGCUCAUCGCCGCCGUCGAUUGCAGCGCCGCCGAGUUGCAGCGCCGCCGCUGCCUCGCCUUCGCCGAAAUCGAGCGCCGUCGUCGCCCUUUGCACAGCGGCCAUCCGCCGCCGUCGAGUGCAGCGCCGCCGUCGAGUGCAGCGCCGCCAGUCGCUGCUCAUCGCCGU